CAGGCCAAGGCUUCUGCUCUCUCGGGCACAGAGAGAGAGAGAGAGGGGUGGUAGUACAGGCUAGAGAGUUGCAGAAGAGAAGGAUAAGUGAGGAGACGAACGGAGGGGAGGUGGCCAUGAACGACUCGGCGGCGGCGAAGAUGGACGAGAUCGCGGAAGGGGGAGCCGGCGGGGCAGACUGGGCGUACCUUGGAUCGGACGCGAUGGCCGGGGGCUCCUUCCCGGCGUUCCCUUUCCACAGGGACAUCCUCUCCACGCCGGCAUCCGCUUCGAUGCUCCUCUCCAUGGACCCCGCCGCGUUCUUCGACCUCCACGCAGCCUUCCCCUCCUCCUCCGCCGCCGCGCCAGCGCUGCCCGCCUUCCACGACUUCACCUCCUCCAACCCCUUCGACGACGACUCGCAGUUCCUCGGGGCUCCCCCGCCGCCGCCGCAGGGCGAGAAAGGUGAGUUCUUGGUGCCGCCGGCCCCGGCGUUCUCCGGGAUGGGGUGGGACGACGACGAGGAGGAGAUCGAGCACAGUGUGGACGCGUCCUCCAUGGCCGUCUCGGCCUCGCUGGAGAAUGCCGCGGGAGCGGCGGCAGGGGGAGGUGGCGGGAGCGGCGGCGGCGGCAACGGGAGGGCCAAGAAGAAGAAGGGGAUGCCGGCCAAGAACCUCAUGGCGGAGCGCCGCCGCCGGAAGAAGCUCAAUGACCGCCUCUACAUGCUGCGCUCGGUGGUGCCCAAGAUCAGCAAGAUGGAUAGGGCCUCUAUCCUUGGUGAUGCAAUUGAAUACAUGAAGGCACUCCUACAAAGGAUCAACGAUCUUCACAAUGAAAUUGAAUCUGCUCCUAAGUCUUCGCUUGUUGGACCAACAUCAGCUAGCUUCCAUCCGUCAACGCCCACAUUGCAAACAUUUACUGGCCACGUCAAGGAGGAACUUCUCCCAGCCUCAUUCCUUAGCCUUAAUGGACAACAAGCCACGGUUGAAGUCAGGAUGAGAGAAGGGCAUGGAGUCAAUAUCCACAUGUUCUGCCCACAUAGGCCAGGCAUCGUGCUGUCCACGAUGACGGCCCUUGACGGCCUUGGCCUCAACAUCGAGCAGGCGGUCAUCAGCUGUUUCACCGGGUUUGCACUGGACGUUUUCCGAGCUCAGCAAUGUGGGGAUGGUCCUGGACUCGCGCCUGAAGAAAUUAAGGCCGUGCUGAUGCACUGUGCUGGUCUUCAGAAUGCAAUGUAGCAAGUCCGAAAACGGGAUCGCCAGGAUGACCCUCCCCAAGGGAUUUGAUUAGGAAGUGGCAUAACCCGUGGUGUUUAUCAGUUUCUGGGGCAAUUGAUAAGAUGAGGCUCGCCAUCUAGGGACAUGAAUCAUGAGUGAUGAUGUAAUUGUGGAUUUUCUUUGGUGUACUGUCUAUUUUCUCUCUGGUUCUGUGGUGUAAUUGUAUUGUCGUUGUGUGUUAAACCAUCUGGUGAUGAGGUAUAUCAAUUCAGUGUUUUUUUUUUCUUUUGCAUUCCAUGCCGUCGGUCA